GUCAACAUCGCAUCCAUCUUCAACUAGAAAUGGUUUACAAACAAUAUCUGACCAAAGCAGAAAUCCUCCCCGAUUCCGUACGCAUCGGCAAGGAGUCAUUCCUAUGCUCUGGUAUGCAUGCUGGCUGAAGUGUAUUCUAGUGAAUUUGGGAAAGGUCAUUUAAAGUGCAAGGUGAGUGCGCCGAGAAUGAUUUGUGACAAAGGAAAUAUCAGCAAGAGGCAACAACAGUAACUUCACGGUCUCAUUGCAAACGCGCCUUUACACAAGAGCACGGAAUAAUCAUGCCUGUACGAAGAGGUCAUGUUGCGCCACAAAAUACAUUUCUUGGGAUAAUAAUACGGAAAUUCGAAGGACAGAAUAGGAAAUUUGUCAUAGCCAAUGCCCGGGUGCAGAACUGUGCAAUCAUCUACUGUAAUGAUGGCUUCUGUGAGAUGACUGGCUACUCCAGACCGGACGUCAUGCAGAAGCCAUGCACCUGUGAAUUCCUCCACGGCGAGCACACUGACACACAUGCCAUCAGCCAGGUGGACCAGGCUCUGAUGGGCUCAGAGGAGCGCAAGGUGGAAAUCACAUAUCAUCGCAAAGAUGGGACGGACUUCCAGUGCUACACUCACAUAAUCCCGGUGAAGAACGAGGAAGGCGUAGUGAUGUUGUUCAUUCUAAACUUUGAUUACGUACUUGAGGAAGGAAGCAGCGACUCGACAGAGAAGCUGAAUCACUCAUCCCCGGAAAGAACUGACUCCAGAAAGGGACGAUUCUUCCGAUUCCGCCAGGCUGCCUUGAGCCUGGUCUCCAACAAACAGUCUCUUCCACAAGAGGACCCAGAUGCCGUCGUGGUGGACUCCCCCUCCCCCAAACAGAACGAGGACUCUGUUGCUCUGACCAACUUCCAGUCGCCCCCGACCGAGGACAACUGCAGCCCCACCGAUGCCAACGACACACGGGCCCUCAUCAGCUCCAGCCACCACUCCUCCCAGGCCAGUGUGCAUGGACCCGGACCCCUGGACCACUCCUCUCCCAAGCAGCACCCGUGGGACAGGCUGUACCAGACGGAGGCGCACCAGUCCACCACCUGCCUCGCACACACCAUCUCCAGAGGCAGCAUCAGCGGGAGCAGCAUGAGGCGAGCGUCCUCCGUCCACGACAUAGAAGGCUUCAGCAACUCCAAGAGCAUGUUCAGGGACCGACACGCGAGUGAAGACAAUGGUCGCUAUAUCAGAGGUCCUUUCAAUCAUCUCAAGUCCAGUUUGCUGGGCUCCACCUCUGAGUCCAACAUCAACAAGUACAGCACCAUCAACAAGAUCCCGCUGAUUGCGCUCAACUUCACGGAGCGGAAUAACGAAAAUAAGGCACACUCUCCCCCAUCGUCAGAAAACACUAUCAUAGCACCCAAGGUUAAGGACAGAACGCACAACGUCACUGAGAAAGUCACACAGGUACUGUCACUGGGUGCUGAUGUCCUUCCAGAAUACAAGCUCCAGACUCCACGCAUGGACAGAUUCACCAUCCUCCACUACAGUCCCUUCAAAGCUAUGUGGGACUGGCUCAUCCUGCUGCUGGUCAUCUAUACAGCCAUCCUCACACCCUACUCUGCUGCUUUCCUACUCAAUGACCGCGAGGAGCAAAUGAGGCGCGAGUGUGGAUACUCCUGCAAUCCCCUGAACGUGGUGGAUUUCAUGGUGGACAUCAUGUUCAUCGUUGACAUCGUUAUCAACUUCCGGACCACAUAUGUGAACCUAAACGAGGAAGUCGUCAGCCAACCAGGGAAGAUCGCCAUUCACUAUUUCAAAGGCUGGUUCCUUAUAGACAUGGUGGCUGCGAUCCCCUUUGACCUGCUUAUCUUCGGUUCAGGAUCAGAUGAAACCACCACUCUGAUUGGCCUAUUGAAGACUGCCCGACUUCUGCGAUUGGUGCGUGUUGCCCGGAAACUGGACCGUUACUCUGAGUACGGAGCGGCUGUACUCAUCCUACUCAUGUGCAUCUUUGCACUCAUCGCUCACUGGCUAGCUUGCAUAUGGUACGCCAUUGGCAAUGUGGAGAAGCCUUACCUGGAGCACAACAUUGGUUGGCUCGACAAUCUUGGGGUAUCCAUUGGCAAGAGGUAUAACUUCAGUGACCCUAACUCUGGGCCCUCCAUCAAGGACAAAUACGUCACAGCACUUUACUUCACAUUCAGCAGUCUAACCAGCGUGGGCUUUGGGAAUGUCUCCCCAAAUACCAACUCAGAAAAGAUCUUCUCUAUCUGUGUCAUGCUGAUCGGCUCCCUCAUGUAUGCCAGCAUCUUCGGUAACGUGUCAGCUAUCAUCCAGCGGCUGUACUCGGGCACGGCCAGGUACCACACCCAGAUGCUCCGGGUUCGAGAGUUCAUCCGCUUCCACCAGAUCCCCAACCCGCUAAAGCAGCGGCUGGAGGAGUAUUUCCAACACUCCUGGACCUACACGAAUGGCAUUGACAUGAACACGGUGUUAAAAGGCUUCCCUGAGUGUCUGCAGGCAGAUAUCUGCCUCCACCUCAACCAGGCUCUGUUGGAGAGCUGUAAGGCCUUCCACGGAGCCACCAAGGGCUGCCUGAGAGCCCUGGCCAUGCGCUUCCAGACCACCCACGCCCCCCCAGGGGACACCCUGGUCCACAGCGGAGACGUCCUCACCGCACUUUACUUCCUGUCUCGGGGCUCCAUAGAGAUCCUGAAAGAUGACAUUGUGGUAGCCAUUCUGGGAAAGAAUGACAUCUUUGGAGAAAUGAUCCAUCUGUACGCCAAACCUGGAAAGUCCAAUGCGGACGUCAGAGCCCUGAGUUACUGUGACCUGCAUACCAUACAGAGAGAUGAUCUCUUAGAGGUGCUUGACAUGUACCCUGAGUUUGCCGAUUUCUUCCUGACAAAUCUGGAGCUGACGUUCAACCUCCGAGAUGAGAAUGGCAAGGCUGCGUAUUCUCACGCUAGUGACUCAGAUCCAGAGGAAGACGUUAAGAGCGCAAAGAUCACAAGAAGGAUCUCCUUCACACCGCAUCCAACUAAAGGGGGAAGCAACAAGGAAACAGAAAAUGACUCCGGGAGGGAGAGGGAGUCCUACUUGUGCCUAAAGAGAACUUCAGUUGACCUGAAACACUCAGGGAAGGAGGAGCAGAUGUCCAUGGGCUCGGCCAUCCAGGGGUGUCCCUCGGUGGAAGACCUUGCACUGGGGCUCGACUCCAAUCCCCCUGGGGACAUCAUGGAGAGAACUCCCUCUUAUGACGAUAACAUUGAUCUGUGCAAUGACAAAUGGGUCUGCGAGAAGCCCCGAGACUACCUGGAUGAGUCAGCACAAUUGCAGGACCUGAGGGGCGAGGACGGCGAUGCCAGUGAAAUCACAUACGGAGAGGUGGAGCAACGCUUAGAUCAGCUCGAAGAGCACUUGAACAGGCUGGAGUCCCAGAUGACAUCAGAUAUUCAGACCAUCCUGCAGCUCCUGCAGAGGCAGUCCACACUGGGACCUCCUGCCUACAGCACUGUGACUGCUAGUCCAGACUAUCAAAGGCCAGCUGUUAUGGUCCAGCCAAUCGCUGCUUUGACCAGCAGCCAUUGCUUCAGCCAUUCAUCAUCACAAAGUCCUGAACUCAACUUGGAGAGGAGUCAUCAGGAAUCCAAAGACUCGCUGUCAGGCUUGGCUUACAUGGAUGAUUCACCCAUAGAGGACAGCCUUACAGUACUGCUUGUACAAAGAAACACACAGAACAAACAUGCAGGGCAUCAGCAUUCCAAAUCUCUCUUUCUUCCUAUUGAGGACUCCUCUCCACUAUCAGACUCAUCUCCCAACACAGGACUCCAUAGGCCAGUCUCAGACCCAGGACCUCCAAGGCCAUAGAGCAAGAUCUCUUAUUUUCAUUUUGCCUGUCUUCUCUGAAGUGUGACUCAGGGUUUCAUUCUCUCUUAAUUGCAUUGCAAUAUGUGAAGUAUCUUGUAGUUUUCCUCCUGAAAUGAUUUGCAUGACAGAUUGUUUUCGUUGCAUGGUAGCUUUGAUUCAGACCUCUGACAGGCAAGUGUGAUUUUGGUAGGUUUACAAGGUAGUACAUUUAUUUUCACCGUAGUAUGUUUCUUUUUCUUUUUUGCACGGCUUAUUUGAACCACAAGUAGCUGUAUGAUAAAGGCAUUGUCCAUAUACUUCAGACUUUGUUUUAGAUUGCAGUUUAUUUUACUAAAUGAUUAUGCAUACAUAGUAUUACAUGUUAUGUAGCACAUGGAGCUAAUGUUAGCUUAUCAAUAGCCCCAGGAAAUAUAGAUGGUGUAUUGUGCCUAUAACUAAAUCCAAAAAUCAAAUCAGUAGCUUUAUGUAGCCUCACUCUGCUCAUUCUCAACAUAAACUCAAUCACAUUGUUUUCCAAUGUAUUCUGCUCUCAUAGUAAAUGCACAUGAAUACAAUCUUAUAGGAAAGACAUGUACAAAUAUGUAAAUGUAUUUUUAUUUAUUAAGGAAUACAUUCAAGGAUGGGGUGCAAUUGAAAUGUUAGUGGUAGCGUAUGUUUGUCCUGAAGCUAUGGGAGCAAUAAAAUGAAACUGAAGCAUUUACUUUUGAAGAACUUCCAAUUGGUUGACCUUUUUUCUAAAGAUUUGGUCCACCAUAUCUUUUCGUGGGGGAAAUGUAUUUUGCACUAAAAGCUGCUUGAAUAUUCAGCAAUGCAAUUAUUUUGUGCAUGCAUUUAGAAUCCAUGUUCAAUGGUGUACUGUAGUAUUUACAGUAGGGGAUAACAAAUGCCCUUGCUCUCUCUUCAAUAUAAAUGAAUGAAGACAAGACAGUAUACUUGCAUGUCCAAAGCACUAAAACGUUCAAGCGAUGGAAGGAUUUAGGUUCCAUGAUUACUGUAUUAUAAUUAUAGAAUGAGUGUGUCACAUUAAGUCCAUUUCCAAACAAGGACACGUAUAACAAAGUAGCAGACAGUAAACGUAUAAUCACAAUAUUCCAACUAAUGAAUGUUUAUUUUUACAUUUCCUGAAACGAGUAGCCUAGGUAUUGCAUGGAAAGGAAAUGCGUGGUAAAGUCCUUAGUAAUCUUUUGCAUAAAUUUGGCCUGAUUCACACAAACUAGGGGGAUAAAGAAACAAUUAGUUGGUCUAUUUUUUUAAUUAUGUUUUUGGUGCAUUUUCAACAUGUCAUGCUUUUUACACUCCACUACAAAUAAUUGGAAUGUUUUUGCGCUGAAGUGAUUACAGACACAAUGUAAAGAGUACAAUUGAUUUAGCUAAUUACCUUGCCUAUUUCAAGAAAUAAAAAGUAUAUUUA